CACGAAACCAGCUAAUUGACAGGAUUAAAGCGCUAAGCGUUAUCACUAGAUUCGGACGCAGUACAGAAUGAGUUGGGCUGGUGGGCAAUGCCCGAGUUUUUCUGUAAUCUUACCGAAGCCCUGACCCGUAAAGUACUCCACCCAGACGCCAUAACCGACCAGGGUUGGCUUUUGAAACCCAAGAAGAUUGCCUGUGGCUGUGACAGGCCACAAAUCACUGGACCUGGCCUAAAAAUAAUUUUUUCAUAGUGAGCCCAUUAGUCAAAAGCCCCGUAGUUCUUUGGGGCUAGGGAAGUAAUUUUCGUAUACUUCGUUUCCCGCCAAAUGUAGGCCUAAAGGGAUUGGCACGUGGCAGUGGGUGGUGGUUCAUACCGGUUUUAACAGAAACUUCCGGGGAGAUCCCCCUAGAGACCUGCUCUGCAGUUUUACUCUCUCUCUCUUUCUCUCUCUCUCGUGAAUUCAUUUCGCUUGGAUCUCAGCGUGUGGUGCAGUGUAAUUGAAGUGCAGCCAUGGAUGAAGAAUACGAUGUAAUAGUUCUUGGGACAGGUCUGAAGGAAUGCAUUCUGAGUGGCAUCCUCUCUGUCAAUGGCCUCAAAGUAUUGCAUAUGGAUAGAAACGACUACUAUGGAGGGGAAUCAACCUCUCUUAAUCUCAACCAGCUUUGGAAGCGAUUCAGGGGUGAUGACAAGCCUCCAGAAAAUUUGGGUUCGAGCAAAGACUAUAAUAUUGAUAUGAUCCCUAAGUUUAUGAUGGCCAAUGGUGCCUUGGUUCGGGUUCUCAUCCACACUAAUGUUACCAAAUACCUGAAUUUCAAGGCUGUGGAUGGUAGUUUUGUGUACAACAAAGGGAAGAUUCACAAAGUACCAGCUACUGACGUGGAAGCACUUAAAUCCCCACUAAUGGGACUAUUUGAAAAACGCCGUGCUCGGAAAUUCUUCAUUUAUGUGCAGGACUAUGAUGAAAAUGAUCCAAAAUCUCAUGAAAAAAUGGACCUCCGCAAAGUCACAGCAAGAGAAGUUAUUUCGAAGUAUGGACUCGAUGACAAUACGGUUGACUUUAUUGGACAUGCAUUGGCACUGUAUACAGAUGACAAGUACUUGGAUAAGCCGGCUCUGGAUUUCAUAAAAAAAAUGAAGUUAUAUGCAGAGUCUUUAGCACGUUUUCAGGGAGGAUCUCCUUAUAUUUAUCCCCUUUAUGGGCUAGGAGAACUACCUCAGGCAUUUGCUCGUCUGAGUGCUGUUUAUGGUGGUACCUACAUGCUCAACAAGCCAGAAUGCAAGGUAGAGUUUGAUGAAAAUGGAAAAGCUUUUGGUGUGACAUCAGAAGGAGAAACUGCAAAAUGCAAAAAAGUUGUAUGUGAUCCUUCAUAUUUGCCUGACAAGGUAGGAACAGUUGGUAAAGUUGCUCGUGCAAUAUGUAUAAUGAGUCAUCCCAUCCCAAACACCAGUGAUUCUCACUCAGUCCAGGUUAUUCUACCUCAGAAGCAACUUGGGCGUAAAUCAGAUAUGUAUUUGUUCUGCUGUUCUUAUUCGCACAAUGUAGCUCCAAAAGGGAAAUACAUUGCUUUCGUUACAACAGAAGCAGAGACUGAUAACCCUGAGAUAGAAUUGAAGCCUGGCAUAGACCUCCUUGGCCAAGUAGAUGAGAUAUUUUUUGAUGCAUAUGACAGAUAUGAGCCAGCUAACAAGCAAGAUGAAGAUAAUUGUUUCAUAUCAACUAGUUAUGAUGCAACAACACACUUUGAAUCUACGGUUGAAGAUGUGAUUGCAAUGUACAGCCGGAUAACUGGAAAGAAUCUUGACCUAACAGUGGAUCUGAGUGCUGCAAGUGCUGCUGAUGAAGCAUGAAAUAUUGGGGCAUUUUAACAGUUGUUACACAGAUCUUUGCAAGAGACUGAUUGCCUUAUUCAGUCGGCAGAAUCCUACUCUCCAGUUCUGUGCUGGAAGUUUAUUUGUUUCAACUCGAAUAAAUUAUUGGAUGUUUUCCUUCUUAAAUUUUUAUAGCUUUUGCAGAUUGUGUGGCCAAAAGUACUGGAAGAGAACGUGGUGUUUAUAAUUUUUAUCUUCAUUCCCUGCCCCUCUUUCUCUGGAGACCAUUGCAAUAUAAUUGUAGACAUGUCUGCCCUA